AUGAUCAUCAGGCAACUUCCUCAGGAUGUCGUCGAUAAGAUUAAAUCAUCGGUCAACAUUACCUCUCUGAAUGGCGUCGUCUGUGGUCUUGUUACAAAUUCUUUAGACGCUGGCGCAUCCAAGAUCAACAUCUCGAUCGACUACAGCAGGGGAAAUUGUACCGUUGAAGAUAACGGGUCCGGAAUUCCACCCGAAGAAUUUAAAGAUGGCGGGGGCCUCGGGAAGCCCCACCAUACAUCCAAGUUCCCUUCAAGGUCUUCUGUUCAUGGGAAGCAUGGAGAUUUCUUAGCAUCCCUUGCUACUUUCUCUCUUUUAACCAUCACAUCUCACCACCAAAGGCAUAUUUCACACAAUUCUAUUUCCUUCCACAACUCUCGCAUACUGGCUAGACAGUUGCCUUCGCCCCCUGAAUCACGGCUUAUCAACUUUGAUCAUGGCACUCGCACGACGGUUCGAGAUCUCUUUGGCAAUAUGCCAGUUAGGGUCAAGCAGAGAGCCACGUUAACUGAAAGAUCUGCUCUUGACAAAGACUGGUCGAGGUUGGUUCGAGCUAUCGUAGGCCUGCUACUUGCCUGGCCAUCAGGUGUAUCCGUUUCACUCAGGAACACAACAACCCAGCGUGAAUUGCGGUUCCGACCAGCAGAUAAAGCAGAUAUAAUGUCUAGAACCUCUCGAAUUCUCACACAAGCUGGCCUUGCCGACUCGAAUGACGCAGAUUCCUGGGUGCCCGUAUCAGCGUCAUGCGGACCUAUUUCCGUCAAAGGCGCCAUUUGUACGAGUCCUGUUGCAACACGGCGAUCCCAAUUUAUCAGUCUGGGCAUUCAACCAGUGAGUAACGAGUUUGGCACUGAUGUUCUUUAUGAAGAAAUCAAUAAGACCUUUGGAAACUCUAGCUUUGGCGUGAUUGACGGUGAUGAAGACCAUAACGGUAGCUCACUGAAGCUGGAUGAGUUUACAGGAAGAGACUUGAGAAGUCGGAAGGGGAUCGAGCGAUGGCCCAUGUUCUAUCUCAAAAUAACCGCUACUGGGUUAGAGGGACUCGACAGCCCAGAUCGACUUGACAGUCAGGGGCAGACAUUAUCUGCGAUCAUAGAUCUUUUGAAGGCAACCUGUUACGGAUUUCUCAAAAAGCAUCAUUUUCGUCCACAAAAAGUUCGACUAGCCCCCGAGGAAUCGCUGUUCUCGACAGCAAGAACAUUGAGCCGGUCGAAAAAGCCUAAGAAGCAACUGGCCUCAUCAUCGAAUAGCUCGAGAGCUAGCUCCGUCACUCCUAUCUCCAGAUCUAGCUCUCUUGGAGCAAGGGGAGAUAGCCCCUUUGAAGGUUGGCACCGAGUUAAAGUUGGGAGAGCUACGCCACUCACCGCCACCUCCAAAACGGUGGAUCUUCGUACAAAAAUGCGAGAGGAGUCACCGAUGGGACGUCUCGUUGGAGAAGGCGGGAAACUGUUACGCAAACCCUUUGACGAGCCAUCCCCUGAACCUGAAGGUAAUCCAGGAAGUCUUUCUACAAACAGUGGCGUGAGCUCAAACACAUGUACUGUUGGCGACGCAACAGGUGGCGGUGACACAAGCAACAGUGUUACCUGUCAAGGUGCACAGAAGCGAGAUAAACGCCCUAGCAAAUGGCUCCAGGGUGUCACCAGCUCAUGGGAGAAUCCCAUUUUUCAGCCCGUAGAACCAUCGGUGCCGUGUAUCAAUGGCUCUGCACAAGAUCAACUGCAUGCUUGUGCACAUGGGAGCGUUCAUGUUGGGUUUGACACUGGGUCCAUGAGCCUUAAUGGGAGAAUAUCACGUCAGGCACUUGCUCAUGCUACUGUGAUAGAACAGGUCGACCGCAAAUUCAUACUGGUGAAGCUUCCCCUUGAGCAUGCAGCAUCUGGGACAUUGACGCAUGAAAAGAAGAGUUCUGCCUUGGUCAUGCUCGACCAACAUGCAGUUGAUGAACGAUGCCAACUUGAAGACCUGAUGGCGAGCUACUUCACCCAUGACCCCUUGACAAACCAAACUUCACCAAUCAUAGAACCUCUCGACCGACCUAUAAUCUUCGAAGUCUCAAAAGAAGAAUGGUCUCUUCUCGAACAGCAUCGCGAUUAUUUCGCUUCUUGGGGCAUCACAUAUCAAACACCUACCUCUUCACAAAACAAAAUCAUAGUCACCGGCCUCCCCCCAAGCAUCAUCGAACGGUGCCGACUAGAACCCCGACUUCUCAUUGAACUUUUACGAACAGAAGUUUGGCGAAGUGUCGAUAGUAGUGUUCCACUUGUGCGACCAUCAACCACUACCCCUGACAAGCCUUUGAUAUCACGUUUCAACGGGUGUCCAAGGGGUAUUCUGGAAUUGCUACACUCCAGAGCCUGCCGAAGUGCAAUCAUGUUCAACGAUGUUUUGUCCGUAAAGCAAUGUGAGGAACUCAUCUCUCGCCUGUCGCGUUGUGCAUUACCUUUUCAGUGUGCGCAUGGCCGACCCAGUAUGGCACCAUUGAUUGAUCUUGGAAACGGGGCCAAGUUUGGCGGUUGGCAAGAAUCAAAGCGGCAGAAGACGGUUUCGUGGAAGAGCUGGAUACGGGAGUCAUGA